UAUGCAAUGGCGUCUGCCUAUCAGGCGAAAUCUUUGUACGACUUCGACAGCAAAGACAAGAGGCUGUUGAGCUUUAAACAAGACGAAAAGUUUAUUGUUAUUGAGCAACUAUGCAAGGAUCCAAACUGGUACUAUGCUGUGAGCGAGAAAGGAAUCGCUGGAUUUGUUCCGGUCACCUACAUCCUCCGAGAAGAGAGCGAUCGAGAAGAGUUUCUGGAGCUUGUGGAAAAAGCACUCGAAGCACUUCAGAACAGCACAGCAAGCCUGGACGAAGGAAAUACUAGUUUUAUGAGCUUGCAGAGGAAAGCGCUUAGGUACAGUAACGCUCUUUUACGACUGCAUCAUCUGAAAGAGAGUUUGCGAAGUACAUGUGAAGGACCACUGCGGGACACUCCACGAGAGACUGCUUUGGGCCACCAGUCCCCUAGUGACUUUCUACAGGAAGAGUACUCGCGAAUCAACUCAGACUGGAUCUCAGAAAAUCUUGCUGGUGCUGACCUCUGUUCUUUGGAACCAAGCCCUCGUUCCCAGCCAAGCAAGCGAUCUGCCUCAUUGACUGCCGCUGUAGAGGAUCCUCACCUGCCAACCUUGGCUGCAGAAUUGAUUGAACAAGUUCGAAGCCAGACUCAGCUGAGCCAUAGCCUUUCACGAGUGGCUGUGUUGGCUGUGCUUCGUUGCCUUUCUACAUCCUUGCCAGGCUCAUCCUGUCCUUGGGAAGCGCUUCUGGAAAGCGUACUCAAAGCUGAGGAGUGUGAGAAACCAUUGGUGUCCAGCCAAGAUGGGGAUCGACUCCAGCUGAUUUUUCGGAGGCUAUGGCACUGUAAGAAUGAUGACCAGCAACGCAGUUGGCCAAUUCAUGAGGAUGAGGCACUCAUUCUUGGUCUUCUAGAAGAGCUGUACACCAUCUUGGUUGAUGCGGAUCCUAGAGUCUCCCGAUCAGUUUUGCAAGCAGAUGAUUAUGACUAUGUCUCAACUUUAGCACUCUACUAUCAAAUGGAACCACGAGCUUCAUUGCGUGUGUGGAUGCUGAGAGUGUUCCUAACCCUGUGUGAGCUGGACCUACAGGUGGUCUCACUGCUGUUGCAUUCAGUGCUACCCAUGGAGCUGGCACGAGACCUUCAAUCAAACACUGAUGACAUAGAAAGAAUGAAGUAUACAGCUCUUCUCCUCACUGUCAUUUUUUCUACUGGAGAGAAACCACCAAAUAGUGUCUAUGAGCAUGUGGGUGAACAGUUUGUGAGAUUUCUGCUGGACACAAUCGAAUCUGCUGAAAUAGAGGAAGAAGUAGCAGAACUUUCACUGGGCACACUACUCUCUCUCAAUCUGCAUCUUCAGUCUGAAGCGGGCAACUUUGUUCUUCGGACGCUGGCAACCCGCAAGGAUGCCCGGGCUCUAACUGAACGGCUCAUGCUUCUGGUCAACCGAGAAGAUGACCCUGCUCGAGUGCUAACACAUGAGGUUACUGGAGUUCCUAAUUCAGUGUUGAAGAUGCUUGCUGAGCUCUUUUCUGACAGCACAACAGCAGAACUUUUCUACUUGAAUGAUGUUGCUGUCUUGGUGGACAUUGUAGCCAGACAGCUAAGUGACCUGCCACCUGGUGAUAAGCGAAGACUUCUGUAUCUUUCCUUGGUGGAGCAUCUACUUGGUUCUACACAAUAUGAAGGUCAUCGUCAAGCAGAGCUUCGUCGCUGUUUUGAGGGUGCACUCACACAUGAUGAGUCAUCAGCUGAAGAAAAGGAAAUCGUGCGUCGCAUUCAGAUGAACUGGCCUCAGUGGUUUCGUACAGACUGAGCCACCAACCACUUUGCAGGGCAUCUUCGAAGUCUUUUGGCAAGCCUAUUGUUGGGGCUGCAAUUUUAUGGGCCCCAACUUUUCGUUUGUUUUAACAUAGUUGGAUUGUCCUUCAUGUCCUUUGUUAUGCAUUGCACGCAGUCAGUAAGUGCUUGUACCAGAACUUUCACCUAAAUGCUCUUUCUUCUGUUCUUUUUUCAACUGGGCUGCUUUUAUUUUAUUUAUUUAUUUAUUUUUAAUGAUAUUAUUAUUUUUUUGAGGGACCAAACAUUGUCAGAACCUACCCCUAUCUGCCCUUUCCACAAUUUCCAAUUUAUUUAUACUUUUCUUUUUUUUAAUAUUUGAUGCAGGGAUGUUUUCUCUUUAAUGAGUGAACUGAUUGGUCAAAAAAAUUGAGAGAAUAUUGUGCAGUGUGCGGUAAUGCAGGAGCUUCAAGUUUGGUGCUUUCAGUUUGUUCUCUUUUUUUUUAUGAUGGUGUUGCGUGUGGCAGGCUUUGUGUGUUUAGUUUAUGGCAUGUUCAUUGUUUAACUGGCCUACUUAAAUUUGGUAAAAUACUCGAGCAAGUCUCUUGCAUUAUAGCCAUGCCUCAUAUCUUAUUAACGAAAAAAUUGUCGCACAAACUGAGAAACAAGGAAAAAAAAACUGCCAAGCCUGCAAUUUAUGCACAGCAUAGUCACCAUGAAAGCUCGAAAAGCGGCCUUUCUAGAGCCUUAUAAGGCGAGAGCGUUAAAGAGGUUGUUUUGCAGAAAUUUAGGUGUUGGCAUUGACAUUGUUAGUUGUAAGCCAAAAAUUAGCUUCUUCUGUGUGAUGCAAAUAAAAAAUUAUCUAAAAUAUUUGAAUCUGAGUGAGGAUCGAAUCCAGGUCAUUUGCGUGGCAGGCAAGUGUUCUACAACACAGCUGCAUGUCUGCUUGCAAGUACAGUGAAAAUAACAUCCUCUGCCAGGAAAUGCAGUGGAAUAACUUUCAUGCAUUACAAACACACGUGUCCUGCAUACAGGCUUUAGAAAAGUACGCAUGUAAUAUUGCGUGAUACAAGCGAUCAGUUGUGAGAACAUAUGGUCAUUAUAACGACUUAAUGGUUUAAAGCUGCCCCUCCCUUAUUACUUAGAGCAGACAAGUUGCUGCAAGUAUUCCGUUAAGACCACUUAGUGGGUGCAUAAAAAGUUCAAAAACAUUUCAUGUGAAUAAUUUCUCGUGGGUUAAAGCAUGCUACUUAUUACACAGAAUGCAGCCGUGUGCAGAAGCUUCACUGACACAAGUCGCUUUCAGCUUUAUUGAUUACAUUGUAGUAAUCCACAAUUUCUGGAAUAACAAAGGGUUUGAAGUACGCAUUAAAAACAGGGUAUCACUAUCGUGUUGAGUUCGUAAAGGCGAAGCUUGAAGGGACACUAAAGAGCAAAACGAUUUUUCGCGUACACUCGAA